AUGCCCGGAGGCGCGCGCCGCGGGCGCAAGAUCGUGCCGGCGACCCGCGGCAUCAAUCCGAUGCAGGGGGCAACGUCUUCGCUUGGUUUCCGGAUGGGUGACCGGAGGGACGCUGCGCGGCCACUCGCCAGUGCCCAGGUACUCACUCAGUCCGUCAUGGUUGCCACAGGCGGCGACAUGCAAGAAGCGGCCAGAGAAGCCACGCGCGACAUCCAAAAUCAGAUACAGCAGGGCGGCCAGUCGGCGCCCAGGGACUCCCCAGUGGGAGUCUUCAACCUCAACUUCCGUUCCAGUCAGGCAGUGCAGGAACUCGGCCUGCAGGGCCUACGGAACCAACUGGCACUUCAAGCCCUUAACGAGCAGGGUGGCGGAGACAUGGUGCAGCUCGUCUCCAGAUUCAACAAUGAGGAGGCUGGUACCAGCGCGUUUCCGGCGCAGCCCACACUCCUUCCCAACUGCAUUGUGGCGGAGCCCAUCGUCUGCCGGAGCAGUAUCUACCGCACAGUGAACGGAGAGUGCAACAACCUGCAACGUCCGCGCGAAGGCAGUGCGCUGACUGGCUUUAAACGGCUGCUCGAGAGCACGUUUGAUGAUGGCUUCGCAUCCAUCCGCUCCCGGAGCGUGACAGGCCGGCCGCUGCCAAGUCCACGACUCAUCAGCGAGCGCGUGGUGGAGACCAUUUCGAGCGAACUCAACGGCUUCACCCUGUCCGUGAUGCAGUGGGGCCAGUUUGUUGACCACGACUUCAACCACGCGCUUGUCUUCAACCUGGGCGCCGCUGGCAGCAUCGAGUGCUGCGAGGAUGACGGCCGCACGCUGCCGACAACACCCCUGCACCCGCAGUGCAUCCCUAUCCCCAUCCCGGUCGACGACCCGUUCUACAGCCGGUUCGGCCAGCGCUGCAUGAGCCUGGUGCGUUCGCUGCCGGCACCGUCCCUGGACUGCAUCGCACGCCCUUCUACGCCCAUCAAUGAGCUCACCUCGCACCUGGACGCUUCCAACCUGUACGGCAGCGAGCAGGAGGAACAGGACGGACUGCGUACCUUCAGUGACGGCCUGUUGAUCACCUCCAACAACAACCUGCUGCCACUCUCCAGUACGCCAGCCCGCCAGCGCACCACGCCGCGACCCACCUUCCGCCCCGGUCACCGCCGCCCGUACUCCAGACUCGGGAAGCGAUCAGCACGUCAACGUCGUCAGGCCGCAAUACAGGAGCCGUGCGUGAACGACGCCAGCGUUUGCUUCCGUGGUGGUGAGUCGCGUGUCAAUGAGCAGAGCGCCCUGACCGUCAUGCACACCAUCUUCACACGUGAGCACAACCGCGUGGCAGGCGCACUGAAGCAGAUCCACCGCAACUGGGACGACGAGAAGCUGUUCCAGGAGGCGCGGCGGAUCGUGAUCGCCGAGUGGCAGCACAUCAUCUACAACGAGUGGCUGCCAAUCAUUGUUGGGUUCGACUACGCCCGGAAUCAUGACCUGCUGCCGAUGACUUCCGGCUUCUCCACCUUCUACGAUGAGCUUGUAGACCCAAGCGCAUCCAACGAGUUUGCGACUGCUGCCUUCCGCUUCGGUCACUCAUUGCUGCGUGACAUGUAUCACCUGAUCAACGCUAACGGCGACAUCAUCCAAUCUGUUAAUGUUACGAAGACGUUUUUCAAUCCGACUGUGGUGGGACAGAGAUUCGUCGAGCACGCGCGGACUCUGGUGGCCACGCGACCCGAGACAUUCGACGCCAACGUCAUCAGUGGUGUCCAUGAACAGCUGUUCACGACCAACUUCCAAUUUGGAUUGGACCUGAUCUCGCUCAACAUCCAACGAGGACGUGAUCACGCAAUCCCCACGUACGUGACCGUGCUGAAGGCCUGCAGGGGCGACACCGUUUCCAGCUGGGGCGACCUCAACCGCCUUAUGAGCUCCAGGGCCAUCGACCAGCUGCGCUCCCUCUACGAUGACCCACAGGAUGUGGACCUCUUCAUCGGCGGUCUGGCUGAACGGCGAGCCGCUGGUGCUCAAGUGGGGCCCACCUUCCAGUGCUUGAUCGGACAACAGUUCUUCGACGUUCGUUUCGGAGACCGCUUCUUCUACGACAACGGCGGCUUUCCGCACAGUUUUACAGCCGCCCAGCUGGCGGAGAUCAGGAAGAGCAGCUGGGCGCGCAUAAUGUGCGACACGCUUGGUCCCGAGUUCGGAAACGACUUCACGCAAGUGCAGCCGCUGGCGUUUGAUUCCUGA